AUGCCACGCUACCAGCAACUUGUUAACGAGAGCAACAACAACUCACCGCAACAGCAGCAUUCGGAGCAGCCGCCCAGCGUUGGCUAUCAUCUGUACUUGUAUCGGGAACAGCUGGCCCGGCGCAAGGUGGAGUAUAUGCGUCUGUCGAAGGCCAAGUACUUCAUUACCGAAACGCUGCUGGCCAAGAACUGGCGCAAUCUGAAAGGCUGCAGCGCGGACGACCUGAAGACGGUCAACAAUCAGAUUGUGUUCAAGCACAAGCUACGGCAUCAGAUACAUCGUUUGCGCAAGCUACAAAAUCUGGGCAUUCGCAAUGCCAAUCCGCACAUGGAGAGCACCGAGCUGUGA